UAACUUCUGAAAGUGACGCCAGAGGCCACCGCUCCACCCCGCAAAAGGGGACACAGAAAAGUAACUUCUUCCUAUAAACACCACCACUCAUUUGGCGACCGGAGCCAACGCAACAGUUUACAAGACCACACCAGCGACAAGGCUAAACUGUACGCGUCUAUAAAAUCAAAAAGUCGAGGAGAAAAGUUUUCGAGAAAAAAAAGUUACGUUUGGAAUUGCAAGCGCACAGCAGCCAGAAACGCCUGUGAAGUUUCUCCCAGAUGCUUGGCGCCAUGAGCCGAAUGUCCUGCUUCGGUGUUCUUCUCAGGACGUCUGUCGUCCUAUAUCUGUUUCUCAAAGGCUCACAAGCUCAAUGCGCUCCCUGUACGAAUUUCAAAGCCAGCACAACAGCAACAGAGAUUAAUAUUGAGGUACACGUCAACUGCACCGUGAGCACUGGCAGUACUUCUGUGUUCUCCAACUCAACUACGGCCACCCUGUCUGGACUGGCUCCUGGGUCCAUCCACCGUGUGCAUGUCCUGUGUAACGAUAUCCAACAAGUCGACUGCUGCAAUAACUUCACAACAAAGCCUGAAACCAUCACAAUCCUCACUGUCACCAAAAUCACAACAUCAUCGGUGUCUCUGAGCUGGACUAAACCAGAGGGUAGCUCCUUCUAUAAAGUAGAGUGGACUGAUGGCAGUAUCAAUGACAGUCAGAAUACCACAGGAACUUCUGUAAAUAUUACUGCUCUCAUUGCUGGAGCGCAGUACGUCUUCACAGUCACUGCAGUGGCUGGAGAUAACAAAAGUGAAGGACGAAACAAAACCGUUUUGAAAUAUACAAAGCCUGCAAUCGUCAGGAAACUUACCUUGUCUGAAAUCAGAACAUCCUCUGUGUCUCUGAGCUGGACUGAACCAGAGGGAAACAGCUCCUUCUAUAUAAUAGUGUGGACUGAUGGCAGUGACAUUGGCAGUAAGAAUACCACAAGAACCUCCACUACCAUCACUGGGCUGACUGCUGGAGUGGGGUACACAUUCAGAGUCACUGCAGUGGCUGGAGAUAAUACAACUGUAGGAGAAGGCAGUGAAACAACCACUUUUACAAAGCCCGCAAUCAUCAGGAACCCUACUCUCUCUGAAAUCACAACAUCAUCUAUGUCUCUGAGCUGGACUGAACCAGAGGGAAAUAGCUCCUUCUAUAGAGUAGAGUGGACUGAUGGCAGUAAAACUAUGAAUACAACUACACAUGAGACAGCCUUCAACAUCAAUGAACUGACUGCUGGAGUUUGGUACACAUUCAGAGUCACUGCAGUGGCUGGAGAUAACAUAACGGAAGGAGUUGCUUAUGUAACAAAUCAAGCCACAAAACCUGCCGUCAUCGCAACCCCUACUGUCAUUCAGACCACCACGUCUCUCUCUCUGAGCUGGACCAAGCCUACAGGAGAGGCAACAGGCUACAGGGUGGAGUUUCAUAACGGAGGAACAGGGAAGGGUCAACUUACAUCCACCACCUCUGCCACCUCUGCCACCAUAGAGAGCCUGACCCAAGGGACCCAGUACACACUCCAGGUCUUUGCCAUCGCCCAGGACAAGAUAACAGAAGGCGACCCUCGCACAGUAUACGUAUACACAAAGCCCGGAGUUGUCGGCAACCUCAAUGUGAUUGGAACCACAACAUCGUCUGUGUCUCUGAGCUGGACUCAACCAAAGGGAGACAAUUCAUUCUAUAGAGUAGAGGGGACUGGUGUCAGUAUGAAUACCACAGAAACCUCCACUACCAUCUCUGGGCUGACUGCUGGAGUGCAGUACAACUUCACAGUCACUACAGUGGCUGGAGAUAAAACAACUGUAGGAGAAGGCAAUACAACAGCCACUUUCACAAACCCUAAACAACCUGUGAACAUUGUGGCUACGGGACCAGGGACCAGUCAGCUGAAUGUGACCUGGACCUUGCCUGGAGGGAGGGUGGACCAAUACACUGUGAACACCUCUAAUGCUGCUUUAAGCUAUGCGUCCAGCCAAACCACACAGACCACAAUGGCCAGCUUCACUGGGCUACAGUCAGGGAGGGUCUAUGAGGUCACAGUGACUGCUGUAGCUGGACACUUCAGGAACCAGUCUGCUACGGGACAGUUAGCCACUGUACCCAACCCACCUGGACCCCUCAACAUCACAGAGAGGACAACCAGCUCCCUCGCUGUCCAAUGGAAAACCCCUGAUCUAAUGACUGGUGUUCCGGGCAUCUCCUAUAACAUUAGCUACUAUUCUACUGGGACUGGAGCAAGCAGCCAGUCUACCGCUAGUCUCAGAUAUAACCUGCUCUCUUUGUCCUCUGGAACGUUCUACACCAUCACAGUGAUAACCGUGGGACCACAGGAUCUGGGAAGCGCCCCUGUUAACACAUCUGGAUACACAUUGCCAAAACCAGUGGUGAGCCUCACAGCGAGCCCGUUGUCCACCUCCUCAGUGAAGCUACGGUGGACUGACCCUGUGGGUGUUAAGUCCUACUACUCCUACAGAGUCCAGUACAGCAACGCUACAGGCCCUGUCGGAGAGAAAACAGUCAAUACAAGCUUCGCGGACGUCCCUGGCUUAGAACCUGGGACUGGCUAUACCUUCACUGUUACAACAGUAGCAGCAGCGGGAAGCAACGGACUUCCAGAACUCACGUCCAGCUACACACAGCCCAAGGCGGUCAGUAACCUCGUGGUCAAGGAUCUGAACACAACCGCUAUCAAGCUUUCCUGGUCCCAACAGGACGACCACCAACCCACCUACUCCUAUCUGGUGACCGUCUCCAAGAAGGGUUCUAUGGUUGCGAAAGUGUCAACCACGGUCGAGAGCUACACCUUCACCCAUCUCCAGCCUGGGGACAGUUACACCUUCUCUGUGGUCACGGUCGUCCAGAGGGUUAAGUCUGACUCAGUAGAGACGUCUAGCUACACAAAACCUGGGGUGGUGACAAACAUUGCCACAACAGGAACAACCACCACAAUGAAUGUGACCUGGGAUGCCCCUGUGGGACAGGUGGACUCCUACACCGUCACAAUCCACAACGACAACGUGAUGGAAGACAGCCACACCGUCUCCAAUGACUCUCUAGAAUUAGUGUUCCAAAACCUGAAACCAGGCAAAGUCUAUGUUGUCAGAGUGGUCACCAACAGUGGACCGCUCACUGAGGCAUCACUGAAUGUUACAAAUGCAACGUAUCCCAACCCUCCCGGAACCCAGAAGGUGGAGAACCAGACCACUGGUUCCAUCAACAUCAGUUGGGCCCGGCCCCUGGACAUGGACCUGGGUCAGUACUGGUUCUCUGUGUUCUACCUGGGCCAGCAUAACCUGACGGAACACAACUGGAUCCUCCUGGAGAACCUCCAGUCUGGAACACUCUACAACAUCACUGUGGUAACCGUUGGGCCGUUGGACUACCAGAGCACAGCGGUGACGACAGCCAACUAUACCAGGCCCCGCUCUGUGAGUGGGCUGACAGAGGCAGGAAUCACCCCUACCAAUGUGACUCUAGUCUGGGAUCAGCCGGAGAACAAAGCUGGCUAUUCCUUCAAGGUGGAGGUAACCUACCCCAACGGGUCCCUUUUAAUCGCCGUCACUGUCAACAACACCAAAAAAAUUGUCACCGGACUACAGUCGGGGAGCAACUACACCUUUACCGUGACAACGCUCACAAAGGACGGCACCAUGGCAACCCCUGUGAAAGUGUCCUAUUACACAAGACCAUAUCCCAUUAGUGGGUUGUUGGCGCCUACAGUAAACACAACUGGUGUACGUCUGACCUGGACCAAGCCACCUCAGUACCAGAGUGGUUACACAUACCGCAUCCAGACCGAGGGGUGCGUGUCUACUCCCACAAACCACACAGUGACAGGAGAGGAGGCUGUCAUUCCAGAGCUCACACCAGGAACCAAUUGCACCUUCCGUGUUUCCGUCAAGGCACAGGGCGGUAUAGAGGGAGGCACCGUCUCAAUCUUUCAGUACACAGAGCCUGAGUCUGUCCAGCCAUCCAUCUCCAACAACGGUAGCACCAAUACCAUGGUGGUGAGCUGGGCGGCACCCCCAGGGAAUGUGGGGCAGUAUGUGGUCCAUCUGAACAGCACUGACCAAGUCUUUACCCCCGUAUGGCUGAACUCCAACCAGCAGACACACACCUUCAUUUACCUGUCUGCUGGGAGAGAGUACACAGCCGUGGUGACCACUAUCAGUGGGCCCUUCAAUGAAACAUCAGGACCUGUAACUACAGCAACUCAACCCAACCCGCCUGGGCCCAUCGGGAUCUUGGAGAAGACGACUAGUUCCAUCACUGUGGAGUGGGGCGAAGCUCCUCUAAUGGCCAACACCACCUUCAGUUAUCUGGUGAAGUACCUGUCAACGCAGCGAGACAGCAAGACGGUCACGACUACAAACACAAGUCAAACACUGCCCAGCCUGUCCUCUGGAACACCCUACAAUGUGUCUGUGGUUUCAGUGGGAGUUCUAGGCUUCCACAGUGAGGAGGUCUGGAGCAGUUCGGUCAUAACCAGACCAGAGAGUGUCCAGUCACUGCGUGCAGUGACAGCCGAGGUGAACCUAACAUUGACCUGGUCAACGCCUGUAGGUCACAAGCCAGGCUACAGCUACAGAGUGACCUGGACCAACUCCACUGGGUUAAUCAUCAGUAAUAGAACCACGGUCGUGGAAAACCUGCCCGUCAAUGGAUUGGUCCCCGGUAGUCCGUAUAACUUCACCGUAACGACACAGACAGAUGACGGCACAGAGGGAGCUCCAGUCUCAACCUCCAGCUGCACCAACGCCAGCCCUGUGUCCAACUUGAAGUGUGCCUCUCCUGAUGACCCCAACGCCAAGCUGAGUCUGUCCUGGACCAAACCCAAAGGACUACACCAGGGCUUUCAGAUCACUGCUAAGGAAACCAUCCAACUCCCUCAGGGCCAGGUACACAAUAAGACAAUUGGUGACUGUAACCCAGCCUGUGGUCACACAGUCCCUGACCUGAAGCACUAUACAGACUACACCCUGACCGUGACCACUCUGGGCUGUGGGAAAACCAGCACCGUCCAAAGCCUCACCUGCAAGACUGGCAUUACUGUCCCUCCUAUCCCAGCCGACUUCGAGUCCCUAGUCAGUGUCACAGCGAAGGAUCACAACUCCUUCUCUGUGCAGCUGACCCCCAGCCUCCUGGACAGCACCAAUGGACCAAUCAAACACUACGGCGUGUUGGUGACCUCAGACAUCAACAAUGUAGAUCAGUCUAACUCAUCGCAGUACUUAGUGAAGACUUAUCAGGACUGGGAAGCAGGCUCUACUACUGCAUACCUGGCUACGGUCAAAGACAACACUAACAACAGCCGGAGGAGGAAGCGUGCAGGAAACAUUGACAUUUACAUAGGGGACAAAACCUCAUGGAAGGGCUAUACCAAUGGCCAACUCAAGGCCAAACGAGAGUACAGUUAUGCCAUUGUUUUAUUCACUGAAAUGGUGGUAGAGCAGAAUGGGCUUCUGAACGUCGGUUCAUCGCUCGUCAUGAUCACGCCGUUUAACUCAAAUUCAUUGUACCUCCCUCAGGACCCAGGGGUCACCAGUGUGGUUGUCGGGGUAACGCUUGGAGUUUUUGUCAUCCUCUCCAUCAUUACUGCCGGCUUCAUCAUCUACUGGAGGAGACAAAACAAGAAGGCCUCUUCAGACAUCCAGAUUCACUCUAUGAGCAGAACCGUUGUUGUGAGGGUGGAGGACUACGAGGCUUAUUACAAGAAGCAGAGAGCAGACUCCAACUGUGGUUUCGCUGAGGAGUUUGAGGACCUGAAGCUAGUGGGAACAGCCCAAGCAAAAACCAGUGCUUUGGCCAUGGAGAACAAGUCGAAGAACCGCUACAACAAUGUGCUUCCCUAUGAUUCCUCUAGAGUGAAACUGUCCAUCCAUGGAAGUCCAUUUGACGACUACAUCAAUUCUAACUACAUCCCGGGUUACAACUCCAGGAAGGAGUUUAUUGCGGCCCAGGGUCCUUUGCCCGGCACUGUCAACGAGUUCUGGAGGAUGAUCUGGGAGAAGAACGUCCAGACUCUGGUCAUGCUGACACGCUGUAACGAACAGGGACGAGUCAAAUGUGAGGAAUACUAUCCAUCUGAGACCAAGCACUUUGAGAAUAUCACCGUGACAACCACCUCUGAGAUCCCCCUAGAAGACUGGACCAUCAGGGACUUUGACGUAAAAAAUGUGAAGACGGUUGAGACACGCUCAGUACGUCACUUCCACUUCACAGCCUGGCCGGACCACGGUGUCCCCGAGACCACCGAGCUGCUCAUCAACUUCAGACACCUGGUCCGAGAACACAUGGACCAGUACUCACGCCACUCCCCCACCGUCGUCCACUGCAGCGCGGGUGUGGGACGGACAGGCACCUUCAUAGCCAUCGACAGGCUGAUCUUCCAGAUAGAGAGGGAGAGUAUGGUGGACGUGUACGGCACCAUCCACGACCUGCGCAUGCACCGGCCCCUCAUGGUGCAGACAGAGGAGCAGUAUGUGUUUCUAAACCAGUGUGUCAUGGACAUCAUCCGAUCCAGAACUGGAACCAACGUGGAUUUAAUCUACCAGAACACGGCUGCGCUCACCAUCUACGAGAACGUAGAACCCAGGAAGGAUACAUCGAAGAAUGGCUACCACAACGCGUAGGCCUCUGGUCCACUCGUUCCUCUCUCUAUUCCUCCCCAGUCGUCCUCCACUCCCCUCCUCCAGUAUCAGCCAGACAGGCCUGUAGAGACGAGCUUAUAAAAGGGAACGUUUUUUCAAAGACACCCUGUAUUUAUUGAUCUAGUUUUUUGUAGUAUUUAUUUGGUAACUGUUCAGAGGAACAGACGCACAAUUUUCAUCCAAAGACCAACAAUGGAAUGUGUACAAUUUAUAUUUUAGAGAUGUAAUUCUUAUAUUUCCAUAUUUUUAUAUUGCUGAUACUUUGAAUGUCUGCUUGCUCUCUAUGUUAAGAAUACUUGCUCAGGUAAUAUAUGUGAAGGAUGUGAAAGGAUGUGUGGUUAUACUGUGUGCAAUGUAAAUGAAUACAAAGAUAUAUAUGUAUAUUAAUAUCAAAUUAAAUGCAGAUCUCGUGUAUUGUUAAAUGGGCCCAAAGUUGUGUUUGCCAGAUAUCUCCAUCUUUAGGUAGGGAUUAGCACCCAACAUAACAAUUAUACAACCAUUUAAAAAACUAAAACUCCCCUCUCUUCUGAGCCUUGACGUGCUCUCCCAAGAGUUUCCACUAGGUGGUGCAAUUAUAUUUGACUUUAUGUACAAUGUCUGGACAAGCACAAUACACUGUUUUAGAGGAGGAGAAGAGAACUACUCCUGGCAAUAGGCCUAUACAAAUAUGAUUUAGUAUUAGAUACGUGAAGUCAAAUGUUACACUUUCACUCCAGAGAAUUUGGAUAUCUCAACGAGUUUAAAACGAGGAGUUUUGUGAGAACCUUGUGUGUUUUUAUGCGCUGUUCUGCGUAAAGCACUGGAUGCAUUUACGUUUUUACACUGUAGCUUUUUAAAUUCUCCUAUAGCUGUCUAAUUCUGGUCUACAUAUUCUUGAGGUGAUCAUGAGAAGUGAUUGAGAAACGGCUGUGUGAGCCUGUGGACCUCCUGACUGUUGAAACCCACUUUGUGCAAUACGAAAUCACCAUUCAAAUACGAAAUCACCAUUCACAAAACUUCAGUCUGUAAACUCAGCUCAUCUCUCACCCUCAAAGACUCAUGGGCUACGCAUUAUGAAAUGUUCCCCUACUGCUUGUUGUUGACCUACUGUAUGUUCUAUAGAAAGGAGCUUGUGUAAUGCUUUGCUUAAUGUCUAUUGGUGAUGGUUCUAUCAUAGGAGCAGGAAAAGGUUUGCAGUCAUUGGGGCGGCAGUUUUCCAUGAGGCAAUUUGCACUUUUUGGAAAUAUGUGGUUAUAUAUACAUGAAUUCAUGGGCCCUGUCCAGAAACAACCUCUACUCCCUAGAUCAGAAAGAAUUGGAUUGGUAAAAGCAACAUGGUAGUGGCUCUACCUAGCUUUUCCGAUAGUGAUAUGAUAUAUAUAUUCUUCUGGUCAAAAUGACACAAAUAUCUAUAAAUGGCUUGGGAAUAAGGGAUGUUUCUGGAUAUAGGUCAUAGAUUUACAGAUCAGCUGUGGCUGAAUGUAAAGCCACUCUCCUGAUACUGUUGUACUGUCUUUGUGUCACAAUGCACAUGGCUCACUCCGCAAAUACUCUUCCUCAGAGUUUUAGGACGUUUUAUGGAGUGGCGUAGGAAUUGUGUUACAAUUGCGGUGUGAUACACUAUGUGAGUCUCGCUGGUACAAUGCAGAGGACGAAAAGGUCGAGGUGUUCUAUUUGUAUCCUUCCGUCUGUCGAUCCUGGGAUUAAAGAUGUUGCACUCUUUUCUCUCUACAAGUGUCAGCUUCUCUGUUCCACCAUAUGCCCACCAUGUCCAUGGCGUUGACUGAGACGACGGCCCAAGCUUUUGUUCAAUUAGGCCACACUAACUGGGGUCAAAUACUUCAGUUAAAGGUUCAUUGAAAGCGAGCAACAAACUGUAACAUUUGGUAAACACGGUAGUUAGUCUGCAUUGAAUUCUUUGAGGUAAGCACUAGAAAGUUAUCAUUUUGCAAAUGCCUCAUGAUCGUCGGCUGAAAAACGGGACGAGGGUAGGACUGUUUAUUGUUGAGCCUUUCACAAAGGGUCAUUGUUACUUUGUUCAGAGAGAAACAGCUUUUUAAAGUUAUUUUGAUGGAGCCA